AUGAACUUAGAUCUUAAAAAAAGAGAUUUUGAAAAGCAUUCUUUUCUACUGCUAGAAAAUUCAAAGUCAUUUUGGAUUACAAAGCACAGGAGAACAAGGCAGAGAAGAGGACAAGGCGGUGGUGGACAAAGCAGUGGAGAACAAGGCAGUGGAGGACAAAAGCAGUGGAAAACAAGGCAGUGGUGGACAAAAGCAGUGGUGGACAAAAGCAGUGGUGGACAAAGCAGUGGAGGACAAGGCAGAGGAGAACAAGGCAGAGGAGAACAAGGCAGUGGAGGACAAGGCAUCGGAGGACUAUGCAAAAGACAAAUCACAGGAGUACAUGGCAGAGGAGAACAUGGCAGAGAAGAACAAGGCAGUGGAGAACAAGGCAUUGGAGAACAAGGCAGUGGAGGACAGGGUAGUAAUGGACAAGGCAGUGGAGAACAAGGCUGUGGAGAACAAGGCAAAAGACAAAUCACAGGAGGGCAAAGCAGUGGAGAACAAGGCAGUGGUGGACAAGGCAGUGGAGGACAAGGCAGUGGAGGACAAGGCAGUGGAGGACAAGGCAGUGGAGAACAAGGCAGUGGAGAACAAGGCAGUGGAGGACAAGGCAGAGGAGAACAUGGCACUGGAGGACAAGGCAGUGGUGGACAAGGCAGUGGUGGACAAGGCAGUGGAGAACAAGGCAGUGGAGAACAAGGCAGUGGUGGACAAAGCAGUGGUGGACAAGGCACUGGAGAACAAGGCACUGGAGGACAUGGCAGAGAAGAACAUGGCAGUGGAGGAUCAGCAAAGGAUCACAAUGUCUUGUUACAAUGA